CUCAAUGGGUGCUCCUCAACUUUUUUCUUCUCUUAGCUGUUAAUUGAGAAUCAUCCAAGCAAAAAACGUAGAAUUUAAGUCCAAAGGUUCCUUUUUUGUUAGAUACUAUUGUCGAAUGAAGAGAAGUCUUUAAAGUAUGCCACGUUCAAAUCCAUUGGCAGGGGUAUAUCAAGACUUAAAAGAGUUCUAAUGUUACUCAUUUAUAGAGUUCCAAUAGAACUAGAUUUCGGAUAAGUAUAUCAAGACUUAAAAGAGUCAUAAUACAUGCAAGACUCCACCAUGCAAGAAGCCACGUUUUUUUCUUUCUAGUCCAAGCUGAAUAAGGAUUUGAACUCUUAUAUCUCAAAGAGUCCUACUUGAACUUGAACACACAACUCAAGACUUCUUCUCCAAUUUAAACUCUUCCUUCAUACAAGAAUUUUCCUUCAUUCUGACUUCUUUUCCUGGCCAAUCCGGUUUCGACUAGAUGAGUCUUAAUUGCAGUUGAACUCUCUCUGACUAGCACUAUAAAAGGAUAGCCGUAGCUGCACAUAAUUCACAAUUUUUUUCAUAGUGCGUAAGUUCGGAAAUCGUAAGCCUUUUCCUCUAUAGAAGACGGAUUGCAAAGAGUAUUUUCUUUUCUAUAUUCUUUUCUUCUUCCUUAGUCAGAUAACAAGGCAUGAUCUCUUCUCUUCCUUUUAUAACCUCGUGUAUAUUAUUAUUAUUUUUUUUGUAAACCAUACUCAUGACUCUUUUUUCUUCUUGCAGCCUAACAAUUUUCAUUGUUUCUAAAAACCAUCGCAACUGUGUCAAAUUUUGCACAAGCUCGAUUAUGGAACUUUCUCUUCGAGAGCGUGUUCAAGCCUUUUCCUUUGAAGAUUUGUAUAUUGGUGACGAACCGGCCCUAUUCGUUUAUUCGGAGAAAGACAACAAGGAAGCGAAACUUUCAACUCUAAUCACCCAUCCUCCCAUCAUUGGAGAGUUUUCACCAAAAUGGGAUUGGGAUAUAUGUCCACCUAACUUGCCACAAUGGUCACAAGCUGCUCCCCAAAAUGUUGAUGCAAGUGCCACACUUCUACUCGCUUCCCACCAUACAAACAUUGCGAGUACAAAACCAUACUCAUCUCUGGGGCGAGAAAUAGUUGCGGGUCGAACAAACUGGGAGUAUUCCUUCAACGUGAAUGGAGGAAUUUCCUAUAUUUCGUUAUAUUUGGAAUGGUUGGAGGACAUACUCAGUCGAUGCAACAAUCUAAGGACGCGCUUUGGCAUCUUUGUAAUGGAUGUGCAUUGACUUCUUGCUAUGAUACUUUUUAAAGGUAUAAAAUGAUGAGUACCAGACUUUAGAGAUACGGGAUGACACCAUUCAAAGUUUAAAUAUGUGUGAAGAUGACACCAAAACUUCAAGGAUUUGAGGUGAUCCAACUCAAUAGAGAGGCAACUCAAUCCAAACUUUAGAGAUGCAAAGAGGUGCCACCGAGUUUUUGAAGAUGCAAGGAGAUACCACCAAGUCUUUGAAGAUGAGAGGCAGUACUAUGCAAACUUUAGAGAUGUAAGGCAACACAACUUAGAAGGAAAGCAAUGAAAUUCAAAAGAGAGGCAAUGCAAUGCCAACUUUGACAAUGCAGGAUGACAUGACUUUGAAGGGUUGCAAUCCAGACUUCAAAAAUGCAAGGAGAUACCACCAAGUCUUUGAAGAUGUUAGGAGAUAUGUACCACCAAGACUUUAUAUGUGAAAGGUAGAAAUACUUGACUUUAAAGACGAGAGAGAAAGCACAUUUUAGAGAUGCCAAGAGACAUUCUCACAAUGAUGUUUGCUUUCGAGGUGACUUUGCAUUCCUUUUGGUUGCAAUGUCUUACAAUGAUGUUAACCUUCAUACGGUAGCAUUGUCUUCUUGUAGCGACUAUCUCAUAGUGAUGUUCGCCCAAAACUAUGAUUGAACUUAGUGUGACAUACCAAGUUUUGCCUAUGUUGCACUUAAGAGAGAUUGAGUCAUCACGUGGUUCAAGAAAGUUUUUUAUCAAGUAGUUCA